AUGAAAUUUUCUUUGAAAGCAAUCUAUCUUAUCGGCCUUGGUUUGGUUCCUCUCGCCAAGGCUGAACCCGUUGGAACUUGUGCCGACCAAGCGAGCUGCUUUGACUUUUCGAUCAGUCAACUCGAUACCGACGCAUGUGGAUUUGGACCAUGCACCGUCGAGGUGUGCAUGACAAUCGACACGUCCAAGGACAAGUGUGCCAAGAGUGGUGAUGGGGUCAGUCAUGUUUGUGACAUGACGGGUCCUGAUGGAUGCCCAGUCUACGAUGCUUCUGGUGUCCCCAAGCUCGGAACCGGUGGCGGUCAAUCCGAACUAUGCGAUGCCGUAUACGGUGAAGGCGGAACAGGCGGAAUUCCUGGAAAAUGUGCCAGUGUUUCCAACAUCAAGCUGUGUCAAGAAGGCUUUCCAGGCGACACCCUUCAUUGGAUUAUCAAGGACGGUCGAAACAGUGAUUCGGAUGUUGGAUUCUCUACCACACACGAUUACACUGAUGGAUGUGCCGCUUCCGUAUCAUGUCAGAACAACCUAUAUGCUUGCGGCGACACAGAAGCUCAGCUAGCACUCGAACGUGUUUGGUCCUACACCAUUCCAGUUGCCGCUGGGAAAUGCGAUGUGUGUUCCUCUGCUUCACCAACGGAGUUCCCUACCGCCACGCCGUCAGUUCCUCCAACCCCCCUUCCGUCUUCCUCCCCAAGUGACUCUCCGACUCCUCUCCCAUCUGCUUCGCCUUCGGCUUCUCCUAGUGCUGCACCAUCGGCUGCACCAUCGGCAGCCCCAUCCGCUGCACCCUCGGCUUCUCCCAGCGCCUCGCCAUCAGCCGCCCCAUCUGCUUCGCCUUCCGCUUCGCCAAGCAAGUCGCCAACAUCUGCGCCAACCCCUGCGCCAACUCCUGAACCAACACCUGAGCCAACACCUGAGCCAACACCUGAGCCAACCCCAGAGCCAACUCCAAGUCCUACCAAGGCACCAACUCCUGCACCGACCCCAAGCCCCACUGAGUCACCAACAAAGACUCCAGUUGCCGACCCAACCAGCUCUCCAGUCAAUCCUCCUACACCAGUUGAUCCUCCGACACCAGUCGAUCCUCCGACACCAGUCGAUCCUCCAACCCCAGUUGAUCCCCCGACACCAGCUGAUCCUCCGACACCACCUAGUCCAACCCCUGAGCCAGGUCCGGUUCCUGACUGCGCAGACCAAGCUGGCUGCACUGGAUGGUCCAUGACCAAGCUCGACACCGAUGCUUGUAACUUGGGCGGAGACUGCACAGUUGAAGUUUGCAUGGAAAUCGACACAUCAAUGCCUACCUGUGCAAAGUCCGGUGACUCCAUCAGUCACGUAUGUGACAUGACUGGUACAGAUGGAUGUCCUGAGUAUGACUCCGGUACACCCUUGCUUGGAAGUGGAGGCGGGGAAUCCGAAACUUGUGCUGCUACCUAUGGGGAAGGAUCCGGAACUUCUAGUUUUGGUGGCAAGUGUGCCAGUGUUACCAACAUCAAGAUGUGCCAAGAAGGUAAACCUGGAGAUACUCUACACUGGAUUGUGAAGGACGGUAACGAAAAAAAUGCUGUUGAUGUCGGUUUCGAGGCUAUCCAUGACUACAAGAGCGGUUGUUCUGCUCUUAUCACCUGCCAGAAUGGCUACUAUUCCUGUGGUGACAACAAAAAACAACUAAACAUGGAACGCACUUGGUCUUAUACUAUUCCUGAGUUUACAGGAGAAUGUGAUGUCUGUGGAGGUUCGGCACGAUACCUUCGAAAGGGUAUCAAUUAA